AUGGCUGGUGGAAGGAGAGGGGCGAACCGUACCACGUACUGCAGACCUCCACUAAGCAAUGAACCAGGCUCGGUCAGCAACGGCAACCACUCAACCAGCUCCCCGGUCACAGGGGUGCGAUCCCGGACAAGGAAUGGCUCGGGGACAUGCAUGUCCAACCCCCCGCUGGCUGCGCAGACGGUCGUUCCUCUGAAGCACUGUAAGAUCCCGGAGUUGUCCAUGGAUCGUAACGUGCUAUUCGAGCUCCAUCUUUUCUUCUGCCACCUCAUUGCCCUCUUUGUCCAUUACGUCAACAUCUACAAGACUGUGUGGUGGUACCCUCCAUCACACCCUCCCUCACACACAUCACUGGCGUCACAGAGCGGGAAACUAUCCUUCCCUCAUUCGAUCUUUCUGGUGACGGCUCGGUUCGCUGUGCUCACGCUGACGGGCUGGAGCCUGUGCCGCUCCCUUAUUUACCUCUUCAGGACGUACUCUGUCCUCAGCUUGCUCUUCCUCUGCUACCCAUUCGGGAUGUAUAUUCCAUUCUUCCGGCUGAGCUGUGACUUCCGGCGAGCAGGUUUGCUCUCCCCCGUUGCCAGCAUCGGCUCCAAGGAGGUGGGCAGCGUGGGCCGGGGCAGGGACUACUUUACUGUGCUCAAGGAGACGUGGAAGCAGCACACCAGCCAGCUGUACGGCGUCCAGGCCAUGCCGACUCACGCCUGCUGCCUCUCCCCGGAUCUCAUCCGCAAGGAGGUGGAGUACCUGAAGAUGGACUUCAACUGGAGGAUGAAGGAGGUGCUGGUCAGCUCGAUGCUCAGUGCUUACUAUGUGGCCUUCGUUCCUGUCUGGUUUGUCAAGAGUACACAGUACGUGGACAAGCGCUGGUCUUGUGAGCUGUUCAUCCUGGUGUCAGUCAGUACGUCGGUCAUCCUCAUGAGGCACCUGUUGCCACCGCGAUACUGCGACCUGCUUCACAAGGCUGCAGCUCACCUGGGCUGCUGGCAGAAAGUAGACCCCUCGCUCUGCUCCAAUGUUCUUCAGCACAUAUGGACAGAAGAGUACAUGUGGCCCCAGGGAGUCCUGGUGAAACACAAUAAAAACGUCUACAAGGCCAUGGGUCACUAUAAUGUUGCAGUUCCGUCAGACGUAUCCCAUUAUCGCUUCUAUUUCUUCUUUAACAAGCCUUUACGAAUAUUGAACAUACUCAUCAUCCUGGAAGGUGCCAUGAUAUUCUACCAGCUCUACUCGUUGAUAUGUUCAGAAAAGUGGCAUCAGACGAUAUCACUGGCUCUGAUUCUCUUCAGCAACUACUACGCCUUCUUCAAGCUGCUCAGAGACAGAAUCGUCCUAGGAAAGGCAUACUCGUACUCAAACAGCUCAUCAGACCAGAAAGUCAGUUAG